UAUUCUUUCUUUCUCUAAUUACAAUUCUUGGAGAUAAAAGAAUCCAAAAAGGAGAGAAUUUCAGCAAAACCAAGAGAAGACAGAAAUGGAGAUUCAAGCUCAGGAAGCAGCUCAAAAUGACACUCAAAUUCUGUAUGAAGCAAGCAUGAGGGGAUGUGUAGCCACCUUGAACACAUUGAUACAGAAUGAUCCAUUCAUUCUCCAUAAAAUUUCACUCACUCCCUUCACUGAAACUCCCUUGCACAUCUCAGCUUUGCUUGGUCAUGUUGAGUUCACCAGGGCGAUUGUGAGCCAAAACCCUCAACUUGUCACAGAGUUGGACUCUUUCAAACGCUCACCUCUUCACUUGGCUGCUGCUGAGGGCCACAGGGAGAUUGUCAAAGAGUUGUUAAUAACAAACAAGGAAGUAAGUAUGGUUGCUGACCAAGAGGGGAGAAUUCCUCUCCAUUUCGCUGCAAUGAGAGGGAGAGUUGAGGUGAUACAAGAGCUAGUAAGUGCAAAACCUGAGUCAAUUCUUGUGCAACUCCAGGGAGAAACAGCUUUACAUUUGUGUGUUAAGCAUAAUCAUUUGGAUGCGCUCAAAGUAUUGGUGGCAUCAGUUGAUGAUGAGGAGUUUCUCAAUUCCAAAAACCUUGAAGGGAACUCUAUCUUGCAAGUAUCUGCUAUAUUGCAGCAAUAUGAGACCGCUAGCUACUUGCUUUCCGUGCCGAAAAUAAGAGUGGAUUUGAACUCCUUGAUCAAAAAUGGCUUUCCAGCCUUUGAUGGAAGCUGCAGAAAUGGCACAAGUCAAAGCAAUUUACAGAAGAAUCCCAUCAAAGAAACAACCACCAAAGUUAAAACCACCCAAGCACCCCAAAAAUUUAAAUCAAUAAUAACAUCAUUCGUCAAAUGGAGAAGGCUCAGCAAGCACAAGAGCGAUCGCUAUGAAAGCACAAGAGGCCACUUGAUGGUGGCGGCCACUGUGAUUGCCACCAUGAGUUUCCAGAUUGCAACAAAUCCACCAGGUGGCUGCUGGCAAGAAGACACCGAUCAUUCAAAAAAUAAAACCUGCCCAAAUGAGGGAACUUGCAGAGCUGGAACUGCAAUUCAUGCACACACUGAUGAGUACCACUCCUUAACAAUCGCGAGCAUAAUCUCAUUCUCGGCAUCGCUCAGCAUAAUUUUGUGGCUCAUUAGUGGAGUUCCUCUCAGGAAUAGAGUUUCUGUGGGAAUUUUGCAGGUAAAAAUGUGGGUUACGUUGUGCUUUGUUGCCUAUGCAUACGUUAUGUCAAUAAGCUUGGUACAUGAUGAAACACUUGAUAGUUCGAAUAGCCUGUGGCUUCAGGUCCCCUGGGAAAUUUGGGCUUUGUCGCUUAUCGGUAUAAUUUUUAUACAUGUAGUAAGAUUUUGCUGGUGGGUGUUGAAGAAGCUGAUUUUUGUGGCUAAAUGGUGCUGUUUUAAGAAGAAAAAACAGCUUGGUCAGCCUGUGGUCAGUGUUUAGAAAGAUCAGAUUUAAUCUUAUCUAUUGAAGUGGACGCAUUUGAUCAAUAAAUUAUGUAUGAACAAGAAAAUUUCAUGUAAUCUAUUGACAGACUUGUUAUAUUCUAUCAGUUAAUGUUGCAUUAUGAGUUUUUACUUUGGAUGGAAA